CGUCGCUAGCACUUUAAAGCUACUCAAAACUGCCGCUAUCACCCUUUUCAUUAGCAGGAAGGCCACAUCGAUCGAAUCGUCUGAUGAGUUGAGAGUGAAUCCAAAGUUACGGCCGCGGCCUCAAAAUCCUUCUUCACCUCCAGAGUGAAUCCACAUCUCCCCGAACAAUCCUACCCGCCGGCCGGCCUCUUUCUCCUUGCUGACCAACCUAUCCGGUGGCGUCGUUUGCAACUUCCAGAUCUUACACAGCCACUGCCAUUUCUUCCCUUCUUCUGAUGCGUUGCCGAACCCCUUCAUUGCCACCGUUCAUCGACAACCCAGAUUGUGAUUCCAAAUCCAUAACCAAGAUCGUGGAAGACGAGGCGGCGAGACUCGGAGGAGAACCAGGACGGAACUCUGGAUUUCAGAUCUCGAUGGUAGACGUCGCGGCUGUGGCAGAAUCGAUGGUGGAGAUCAGUUGUUGGAAGUACACUCUGGUGACGUCAUCUCUCAACCAGCCUCUCUCGAUCUUGGAGAAAAUAUCGCCGUCGUGGACGAGCUCCAUGGCGAUUUUGAUCUUUCACUUGCUCGCCAUCACUUCGUGGAGCUUGAUGAUGUUGGGGUGCUUCAUCAUCUUCAUCGCCAUGCUCUUCCCAGAAUGGAGGUUCUGCGAGCGGGUUUCCCAAAAGAAAGGACAAACAGAGAGAUUGAAGGACGAAGAGAUUGGGGAUUGAGGGAAGGAAGAAUGGAAGUAAAAUCCCUCUUUGGCU